AUGGAGAACCAAGCCAGGGACUCGGAUAUCUCUCCAGCAGGCUCAUCAGUCCAUGAUGGACUGAGCUCCGAGGCGACUCCUGGGAACGAAAUGCCCGGUUUCGAAUACAUCAAUCCUGGAGAUCGAGAGGAGCUGGUGCGUGUUGCCUCGAACUUCCCUCGAAAGCGAAGAGCGAGCUCUAGAGCUGGUCAUCUGGCGAGUCUUGAAAAGGAAGAAACUAUCGGUGAUAUCGCGGCGGAUGAUCCGGUGAUUGAUCCGACGAGUGACAGGUUCGAUCAUUACAAAUGGGCGAGAACGAUGCUGAAGAUGAUGGACAAAGCCGGCAUUCCUUUGCGCAAAUCAACGGGUGUCGUGUGGGAACACCUGAAUAUUGCUGGUUCGGGAUCUGCUCUCCAGUAUCAAAACAAUGUUGGCUCCGUUGCUCUCGCCCCGUUUCGACCUCAGGAGUACAUUUCCUUUGGGAAAACCCGUUCACAGAAACAGAUUCUCCGCAACUUUGAUGGACUGCUGAAAAGUGGCGAAUUGCUCAUUGUCCUAGGAAGACCAGGAAGCGGCUGCUCGACUCUACUCAAGUCAUUGACUGGGGAGUUGCAUGGUCUCCAACUCGUCAAGGGCUCAGACAUUCAAUACAAUGGCAUCCCCAUGGAUCGCAUGCGUCGCGAGUUCAAAGGCGAGGUGUUGUACAACCAAGAGGUUGACAAGCAUUUUCCACAUUUGACCGUUGGUGAAACGCUGGAGUUUGCAGCGGCCGCGCGCACGCCAGAAACUCGCCUAGAAGGCGUCAGUCGAUCCGUUUUCUCAAAGCAUAUCACGCAGGUGGCCAUGGCGGUAUUUGGCUUGAGUCAUACAUACAACACAAAAGUUGGCGAUGACUAUAUUCGAGGAGUCUCGGGGGGUGAGCGAAAACGAGUCAGCAUCGCCGAGAUGGCCUUAUCUGGAGCGCCUGUUGGCGCUUGGGACAACAGCACUCGGGGUUUAGACUCUGCAAGUGCACUGGAAUUUGCAAAAGCCUUGCGAGUUUCCGCCAACUUGACGGGCUCAUGCCAUGCGGUCGCAAUCUAUCAGGCUUCCCAGGCAAUCUACGAUGUCUUUGAUAAGGUGGUAGUCUUGUAUGAGGGAAGAGAAAUCUUCUUCGGUCCAUGCAAUGCCGCGAGAGACUACUUCAUCGACAUGGGGUGGGAGUGUCCUGCUCGUCAAACAACCGGCGACUUCCUCACUUCCGUCACCAAUCCGCAGGAGCGGCAACCAAGAGACGGCUUUGAAGGCAAGGUGCCCCGUACUCCAGAUGAUUUUGAGGCCUAUUGGAAGAAGAGCUUCUACUAUGCCUCGCUUCAGAAGGACAUUGCUCGAUAUCAUGAGGCUUUUCCACCGGGAGGCCCUGCUGAGCGUGAUUUCAACCAGACCAAGCGUGUGCGACAGGCGAAGCAUGUUCGGCCGAAGAGCCCAUACGUAAUCUCGCUUCCAAUGCAGGUUCGACUCUGUGUGAAGAGAGCUUACCAGAGAAUCUGGAAUGACAAGCCAUCUACACUUACGACUGUGAUUGGGCGUAUCGUCAUGUCGCUAAUCAUUGGUUCCAUUUAUUAUGGAACUCCGGACGCAACGGCUGGUUUCCAGAGCAAAGGUGCUGCACUGUUCUUCUCCGUUCUCAUGAAUGCCUUGAUCAGUAUUACUGAAAUCAACUCGCUCUACGAUCAACGACCCAUUAUCGAAAAACAAGCAUCAUAUGCCUUUGUCCAUCCUUUUGCCGAGGCUUUAGGUGGAAUAGUGGCGGACAUACCAGUCAAAUUUGUGUCUGCCGUCGUUUUCAACGUCAUUUUUUACUUCCUCGCCAGCCUGCGAGCUGAGCCCUCUCAAUUCUUCAUCUUCUUUCUCUUCACCUUCCUGAGUACGCUGACUAUGUCAGGCGUCUUCCGAACUCUGGCAGCCUCAACCAAGACACUUGCACAAGCUAUGUCCAUGGCGGGUGUUAUGGUGCUAGCCAUUGUGAUAUACACCGGUUUUGUGAUUCCCACGCCGCAGAUGCAGGAUAUUCCAUGGUUCAGCUGGAUUCGUUGGAUUAACCCAGUAUUUUACACAUUCGAAGCUCUCGUCGCAAACGAGUUCCACGGCCGCCAGUUCAUAUGCUCACAAUUCAUCCCUGCAUAUCCAAACCUGUCCGGUGACACCUUCAUCUGUGCUGUACGAGGAGCAGUGACUGGACAGAGGACUGUAUCAGGAGACGCUUACAUCGAAAGCCAGUACCAGUACACUUACGCCCACGUUUGGAGGAACCUCGGUAUCGUGAUCGGUUUCUGGAUCUUCUUCAUGGCUUGCUAUUUGCUCGCUUCUGAGCUCAACUCGGCCACCUCUUCGACUGCAGAAUUUCUCGUCUUCAGAAGAGGCCAUGUACCCGCGCACUUGCGACAUCUGGAGAAGAAUGGCAAAGCAAAGAGUGCCGCAGAGAUCUCACCUCCUGUUAAGAAGUCCACCAAGAAGGAUGACACGGCAGCGAUUCCAUCUCAGCAUGACAUUUUCACUUGGCGAGACGUUUGCUAUGAUAUUCCUGUCAAGGGGGGUCAGCGACGACUCUUGGACCAUGUGUCUGGGUGGGUGAAGCCUGGAACCCUCACGGCAUUGAUGGGCGUCUCAGGGGCAGGAAAGACAACCUUGCUCGAUGUGCUAGCGAAACGUGUUUCGAUCGGAGUUGUAACUGGUGACAUGCUCGUCAACGGCAGGCCGCUGGACAACAGCUUCCAAAGAAAAACAGGCUAUGUUCAGCAGCAAGAUCUUCACCUUCCGACCUCCACAGUUCGAGAGGCCUUGCGCUUCAGCGCAACGCUCCGUCAACCCAAAACGGUGUCUAUGAAGGAGAAGUACGAUUACGUGGAAGAUGUCAUUGAGAUGCUCGGUAUGCAGGAUUUUUCGGACGCUAUAGUUGGUACCCCCGGAGAGGGGCUCAAUGUAGAGCAGCGCAAACUCUUGACAAUUGGCGUUGAGCUCGCGGCUAAGCCUGCACUACUCAUCUUCCUUGAUGAGCCGACAAGUGGUUUGGACUCGCAAAGCUCAUGGGCUAUUUGUGCAUUCCUACGAAAGCUGGCAGAGCACGGCCAGGCUGUGCUUUCGACCAUUCAUCAACCGUCGGCGCUUCUCUUCCAGCAAUUCGAUCGUCUUCUCUUCCUAGCCAAAGGAGGAAAGACUGUCUAUUUUGGUGAGAUCGGCGAGCAAUCUCGCACACUUUUGGAUUACUUUGAGAGUAAUGGGGCGAGAACCUGUGGCUCUUCUGAGAAUCCAGCCGAGUAUAUGCUCGAGAUCAUUGGCGCCGGUGCCUCUGGCACAUCCUCAAAAGACUGGUCUACAGUGUGGAAAGAGAGCCAAGAGUCAAAGGGGGUGCAAGCCGAGAUUGAUCGGAUCCACGAGGACAAAGCUGCUGCUACUGCUGCUACUGGGUCCUCCGGUGAGGACGCUUCUCAGCACAGCGAAUUCGCCAUGCCGUUCGCUUCGCAGUUGCAAUGCGUUACUUACCGUUCGUUCCAAAGCUUCUGGCGUGAACCGAGCUAUGUCUGGGCAAAAAUUAUGCUUGCCACUUUGUCCUCUCUCUUCAUCGGGUUUACCUUCUUUAAGCCAGACUCUUCGCUACAAGGAUUUCAGGACGUUUUGUUCAGCGCCUUUAUGCUGACUUCUAUUUUCUCUACACUGGUCCAACAAAUCAUGCCCAAAUUCGUGGUUCAACGAUCGCUUUACGAGGUCCGCGAACGCCCAUCAAAAGCCUACUCGUGGGCAGCGUUCCUCAUAGCCAAUGUUCUCGUUGAAAUUCCGUACCAGGUGUUCGCGGGAAUCAUCGCAUGGGCGUGUUAUUAUUAUCCCGUUUACGGAGCACAGCAGUCUUCAGAGAGACAAGGCUUGAUGCUCCUCUUCGUGGUGCAGUUCUACAUCUUCACAUCCACAUUUGCUUCCUUGGUCAUAGCUGCGCUCCCCGACGCUGAGACUGGCGGAACAAUCGCAACUCUGAUGUUCAUCAUGACUUUGACUUUCAACGGAGUCAUGCAGCCACCAAAUGCCUUACCUGGUUUCUGGAUCUUCAUGUACAGGGUCUCCCCACUGACAUACCUCAUUGCCGGCAUCACUGCGACUGGUUUGCAUGGCCGGAGAAUCGAAUGCGCGCCCGCCGAACUAAGUGUAUUCAAUCCUCCGUCGGGUCUCACCUGUGGUGCCUACCUCCAACAAUAUGCAGCUGUCGCCGGCGGCCAACUAUAUAAUCCGACCGCCACGCAGAACUGCGAGUAUUGCCAACUGACAAGCGCAGAUCAAUAUCUUGGGAUGAGCAAUAUUUACUACAGUCAACGCUGGCGCAAUUUCGGCAUCGGCUGGGCCUAUAUUGGCUUUAACAUCUUCGGUACAGUCCUCAUGUACUACAUGUUCCGGGUGAAGCAUUACAAUCCCACAUCUUUGGUGAGAGGUGUCUUCCAGGGUGCUUCCUUUAUUGGUCGCGCGCUUAAACGGCGCUCUGGUAAGACGCCCCAGGGGAAGGAGGAUCGGAAUGGUAGGUUGGUGUGA